AUGUCGGCCACCAGCGUGGACCCUCAGAGAACAAAAGGACAAGAUAAUAAAGUACAAAAUGGAUCUUUGCAUCAGAAGGAUACCGUUCACGACAAUGACUUUGAGCCCUACCUUUCCGGACAGUCAAACCAGAGUAACAGUUACCCCUCCAUGGCAGACCCCUACCUGUCCAGCUAUUACCCACCAUCCAUCGGAUUCCCCUAUUCCCUCAACGAGGCACCAUGGUCUACAGGAGGGGACCCUCCAAUCCCCUACCUCACCACCUACGGACAGCUCAGUAAUGGAGACCACCACUUCGUGCACGAUGCCGUUUUCGGGCAGCCUGGGGGACUGGGGAGCAACAUCUACCAGCACAGGUUCAAUUUUUUCCCUGAAAAUCCUGCCUUUUCAGCCUGGGGGACGAGUGGGUCUCAGGGUCAACAGGCUCAGAGUUCAGCGUAUGGAAACAGCUACACCUACCCGCCGAGCUCCUUGGGUGGCACAAUUGUGGACGGACAGACAGGCUUUCACGGUGAUACUCUCAACAAGGCACCAGGAAUGAACAGCCUGGAGCAGGGCAUGGUGGGCCUGAAGAUUGGGGACGUCACCACCUCUGCGGUCAAGACGGUAGGGUCAGUCGUCAGCAGUGCGGCCAUGACGGGCAUCCUUUCCGGCAAUGGUGGGACCAAUGUGCCCCUGCCGGUAUCAAAGCCGACCUCAUGGGCUGCCAUUGCCAGCAAACCUGCCAAACCACAACCGAAAAUGAAGGCCAAGAGUGGGCCUGCCAUCGGGGGGGCGCUGCCCCCGCCACCUAUUAAGCAUAAUAUGGACAUUGGUACUUGGGACAACAAGGGGUCUGUGCCCAAAGCCCCGGCCCCCCAGCAGGUGCCAGCCUCCUCGGCGGCCCCCCAGCCCCAGCCGGCCAUGCAGCCUCUUCCCGCCCAACCUCCCCUUCCAGCCCCACCACAACACACGGCCCCCCAGCAGCUGCCCCAGACCCGCUGGGUUGCCCCUCGCAGCAGAAAUGCAGCAUUUGGGCAGACCGGGGGCCCCAGCAGUGACAGUAACUCCCCUGGGAGCUCCCAGCCCAGCACGACCCCGAGCGCAGAGUCCCACCCCGUCUUAGAAAAACUGAAAGCCGCCCACAGCUACAACCCCAAGGAGUUUGACUGGAACCUGAAGAGCGGGCGCGUGUUCAUCAUCAAGAGUUACUCGGAGGAUGACGUGCACCGCUCUAUCAAGUAUUCGCUCUGGUGUAGCACGGAGCAUGGCAACCGGCGCCUGGACAGUGCCUUCCGUGGCCUGGGCAGCAAGGGGCCUGUCUACCUGCUCUUCAGCGUCAAUGGCAGUGGCCAUUUCUGCGGGGUGGCUGAAAUGAAGUCGCCUGUGGACUACGGCACCAGCGCCGGGGUCUGGUCCCAGGACAAGUGGAAGGGCAAGUUCGACGUGAAGUGGAUCUUCGUGAAGGACGUGCCCAACAGCCAGCUGCGGCACAUCCGACUGGAAAACAACGACAACAAGCCGGUCACCAACUCGCGUGACACCCAAGAGGUACCCCUGGAGAAGGCGCGGCAGGUGCUGCGGAUCAUCGCCUCCUACAGGCACAGUACCUCCAUCUUUGAUGACUUCUCCCACUAUGAGAGGCGCCAGGAGGAGGAGGAGGUGGUGCGCAAGGAACGGCAGAGUCGAAGCAAGCAGUGA